AAACAAAUGGCCUUAACUCCCAAGUGCAGAACCAGAUAAUACUUUACAUAAAGAAAGCCUCAAUUACCUAAGUGAACAUAGCUAGCUUCUACGUAUUACAUCCAUCCAUUACUGGCUCUUUACUUCCUCUAUGGCGCAAAUAAUUCCUCCUCCUCUGUUUGAAAGAAUUUCUAUUAAAAACCCAAUACAUAGAACUCUGGAUGUCGCUGUCCUCUUCCUUCUAUCUUCUCUGCUUGUUUAUCGUCUGUACUCUCUCGACAAACAUGGUUUUGCUUGGUUUCUUGCUCUCCUGUGCGAGUCAUGGUUUACUUUCAUUUGGUUUCUUACUGCCAAUGCAAAAUGGAAUCCUGUAAAGUACAAAACAUACCCAGAACGCCUUUCUCAGAGGGUAGAAGAGUUUCUUCCUGCUGUGGAUAUGUUUGUUACAACUGCAGACCCCCUGCUAGAACCACCUAUAAUCACCAUGAAUACAGUAUUAUCUUUAUUAGCAGUUGAUUAUCCAGUCCAUAAGCUAGCAUGCUAUGUUUCAGAUGAUGGUUGUUCGCCUCUUACCUACUAUUCUCUUGUCGAAACAUCCAAGUUUGCUCAGCUUUGGGUUCCGUUUUGCAAGAAGUAUAAUAUUCAAGUCAGAGCUCCCUUCAGAUACUUCUCUAACGAGUCAAUGAUUUCUGCUCGUAAUUCACUGGAAUUCCAACAAGAAUGGAAAAUGUUGAAGGAUGGGUACGAGGAGUUUAGCCACAACAUUCAAAGUGCAGCUGGAAAAUCUGUUCCAUGGAAUCUGAAUGAUGAUUUGGCUGUUUUCUCCAACAUAGACCGCAGAAACCACCCCACAAUAAUUAAGGUUAUAUGGGAGAAGAAAGAAGGUAUUUCAGAUGGAUUGCCUCAUUUAGUCUACAUAUCAAGAGAGAAGAGGCUAACGCAUGCACAUCACUACAAAGCAGGUGCUAUGAAUGUGCUAACGAGAGUUUCAGGAUUAAUGACGAAUGCUCCAUUCAUGUUGAACGUAGACUGCGAUAUGUAUGUGAACAAUCCACAGGUUGUUCGUCACGCAAUGUGUUUCUUGUUAGGUUCCCUAAACAAAGAGGAAUUCGCAUUUGUACAGUUUCCACAAAUGUUUUAUGACUUAAAGGAUGAUCCGUUUGGACAUACAUUACAGGUUUUCUAUGAAUACAUAGGGCGUGGAAUAGCAGGACUUCAGGGGUAUUUCUAUGGAGGAACUGGAUGUUUUCACAGGCGAAAAGUAAUCUAUGGUUUAUGUCCUGAUGAUUUAGGAACUCAAGCAAAGGCUCUAACUCCAGUUAGUGGUGACAAUGAACUGCUAAAUAUAUUUGGGAACUCAAUGGAGUUCAUCAAAUCAGCUGACCAAGCGUUGCAAGGAAAGACGAGUACUCAAAGAAACCUUUCCAAUCUGGUUGAGGCUGCAUAUCAAGUUGCUGGUUACAGUUAUGAAUAUAGGACUGCAUGGGGUACAGAGGUUGGUUGGCAAUAUGGUUCCACAACAGAAGAUAUGCUUACAGGCCUCAACAUUCAUUCAAGAGGUUGGAGAUCUGCCUAUUGCACCCCAGACCUUCCAGCCUUUCUUGGGUGCUCACCAUCUUGUGUACCAGUUUCAAUGACCCAACAAAAGAGAUGGGCAACAGGUAUGCUUGAAAUCUUGGUUGGCAAAAAUUGUCCUAUUGUUGCUACCAUCACUGCCAAGCUCCAAUUUAGGCAAUGUUUGGCCUAUCUAUAUCUCCUUGUUUGGGGAUUACGAUCAAUCCCUGAACUCUGCUAUAUGGUGUUGCCAGCUUAUUGCAUUAUCUCUAAAUCCAAUUUCCUGCCAAAGCUCCAUGAGCCAGCCAUGGUUGGUUAUGUUGCUCUUAUCACAAUUUAUAGUCUAUACAGUAUAUUAGAAUAUCUUCAAACUGGACUGUCAAUCCACGCUGAGAACAAACAAAGGAUGGCAAUAAUAACAGCAACAAAUGCAUGGUUAUUUGGACUUUUAAGUUUGGUAAUGAAGAUACUAGGAAUAUCAAAAACUACUUUCGAAGUUACACAGAAAGAUCAAUCUACCGAUGCUGCUGGUGACGUUGGAAAGUUCACCUUUGAUGGGUCACCAUUUUUUGUGCCUGGGACAACCAUUUUACUGAUACAAUUGGCAGCGGUUGUUAUGAUUUUAUUUUUUAGCAGGCUUCUUCAAUCACAUCUUGGGGAGAUUUUGUGCAGCUUAUUCGUGGUGAUUUUGUUUUGGCCAUUUGCUAAAGGGUUGUUUGGGAAAGGAAAAUAUGGGAUUCCAUUGCCAACAAUAUGUAUGUCAAUUAUGUUGGCUUUAUCUUUUGUGCAUUUCUGUAAGUGGGUUUCUUUGGACUAAGACUAGGGAGGGUUAUUCUAAUUGGUAAAAGGAUAUGGUUUACUUUCUUGAAAA